ACAAUCUCAUGACUUUUUGAUCUAAUCCGAAGCUCAUUGUCUCCCACCAACACCACCGCCACCGCCACCGCCACCACCGAUACCUAUCUUUUCUGCUACUGCUCAACGCUGAGCCUAUAAUUAGAGGAGGAGAACGAACAAUUGUAUCUAGAGAAGCCGAUUUUCUGAAGCUCAAGAGCCCCGAAAAUGGCAGAUGAUGAAGAGCCAAUUAUUGUAGGAAAUACACUCGCUCAAUCACCAAUUAAUAAAUAUAAGCGCUGGCAAUGGUGGUCUUUGGUGGCACUUAACAUAGUCUUUCUUCUUUUGGGACAAUCGGUUGCUGUUCUUCUUGGAAGAUUUUAUUAUGAUCAAGGUGGAAAUAGCAAAUGGAUGGCUACGUUGGUCCAAACUGCUGCCUUCCCAUUUCUAUUUCUUCCAUUGUUUUUAAUUCCUUCACCUCGGGAAGCUUCUACCUCUUUUCGACCUUCUAUCAAAAUUCUCGCCUUGAUCUACGUUAUUCUUGGAGUCUUAAUAGCUGCUGACAAUAUGUUGUAUUCUACUGGACUCCUAUACCUUGCUGCUUCAACAUAUUCACUGAUUUGUGCAUCUCAGUUAGCUUUUAAUGCUGUUUUCUCUUAUUUUAUCAAUAGUCAGAAAUUCACUGCCUUGAUUAUCAACUCUACGGUGGUCCUCUCUUUAUCUGCUGCACUUAUUGCUCUUAAUGAUGAAUCAGAAGGUCCAGCUGGUAUUUCCCAUAGAAAAUAUAUUAUUGGUUUCCUUUGUACCCUUGGAGCCUCAGCAUUGUACUCAUUGUUGCUUUCCCUCAUGCAACUCUCCUUUAAGAAAGUUCUGAAAAAGGAAACGUUUUAUGUUGUUUUGGAAAUGCAAAUCUAUACUUCACUUGUUGCCACUUGUGCUUCUGUUGUGGGUCUAUUUGCAAGUGGGGAAUGGAGAACUUUGCAUGAUGAAAUGGAGGGCUUUGGUAAGGGAAGAGUGUCUUAUGUAAUGACUUUGGUUUGGACAGCUGUAGCUUGGCAGGUUUGUUCUGUUGGAGUUGUUGGCCUGAUUUUCAUGGUGUCUUCUCUGUUCUCCAAUGUUAUCAGUACUCUCUCUUUGGCUGUGACUCCCAUUGCUUCUCUGAUAGUGUUUCAUGACAAGAUGAAUGGUGUGAAGAUAAUUGCUAUGCUUAUGUCUCUCUGGGGUUUUGCUACUUAUAUCUAUCAGAAUUAUCUUGAUGACUCUAAGUAUAGAAGAAUACAAGCUACUAUUAUUGGUAAAUCAAUUGGUGAUGCUGUAUGCUGAGAUCACUAUUACUUUGCUUGCUGUUAUUCUGCUAGGGAACUUAAGAUACCUUUUGCCAGUUUCCCCUUUUGACUUUGUAUUCAUGUAGAGCAACAAAGGAUUUUACUUUUUUGUUUUUCAUCUGUCCUUUAGUUUUGGCAGAACUUGUGACAGCUAGUAUAGUUAUGCCCAUAUUGUGGUUGACAAUUUUUUGCUGAUAAAACUCCUAAUAAAAGCAGAGAAUUGUCAGGUUCUUAUUUGGGCACAGUAUUCUCCAUCUGAUCUUCAACCAUGGACACCACUAUAUUCUUUUUAAGUUCCUGAUAAUCAUUGUAAGUUUCAGGAUUUGAGUAAUUUAUUUAUUUUUGACUGAGGAACCCCUCAGGUUACUUUUUA